AUGAUAGAAAUAGGUUCUAACAUUCCUUACGAUUUCGUAACGAGUGUUUUACAUAAUACUCCUUCUACUUCUCAUCAGGAUCGUAGAUUUAGCAGGACAGAAUUAUCACAAAAUAUGACAAAAAUUGAACCAAUACAAAAGGAGCAAAAUAUAAAGGAAGAUACUAAAAAAUGUAAGAAUCCACCAAAACCACGCAUAAAGAGAGAAAAAUUAUUUACAACACCUGAUAAAUUAUCAAAUUUCUUAAAUCAUGAUUCUAAUAAAUUAAUUCAUUUGGAGCCGGUACCAAUAUUUAAUGAUAAAUCUGAAAUUAAACCAUGGUUACAAAAAAUCUUCUUUCCUCAAGGUAUUGAUUUGGUGAUUGAAAGAUCUGAUAAAAGUAAGAUAAUCUUUAAAUGUAAAGCUGUAACGCGUCCAACAAAUGAGUUAGAUACCAAUAACAUCGAAAAUAACGAUACAACUACAACUGAAAACCGUAGAACUCCUAUAAUCACAACAAAUUGUCCAUUCCGUAUAAGGGCAUCAUAUUCUUUAAAGUUGAAGAAAUGGAAUAUCGUGAUUGUAAAUAAUACUCAUUCACACCAAUGUGUAUUCAAUCCAGAUUCUGAUGAAUAUAAAAAAUUCAAGAAUCAUUUAAUUGCUCAAAAUGAUACUGACACAAUUAAAGAAUUUGAAGAAUUAGAAUAUAAGACUAAAUUUAAAUUACCAAUUUUACCUAAAGUCAUCUCAUGUGAUUGUGGUUUAACCAGUGAAGUUAAUUGGUUUGAUGUUGUUAUUCCAGAACCAAAAAUAUCAGGUACAAAAAAAGUCACCAAGAAGACAAAUAUUAAUAAUGGAAAUUCUGUAGCUACUACUGCAGCUAAUACUUGUAAUAAUAGUAGUACUACAUUAAAUAAUAUGAAUGGAAAUAUGAAAUAUGAUAGCAUAUCUAAUUUCUUAGAUUUAAACAAUCCAAACAUUAACAUAAUAAAUUCCAAGACUGUAACACCACCUGGUAACAUCACAAACUUGGAUGAAAUUGAUUUCACAAACAUGUUUGCUACAAAGAAGAGUGUGCCUCAAUUUAAGAAACAAACAACCACAAAACCAUCACUCAAGCAGCAACAAACGGCUUCAUUAGAUGAGUUCAAUUUCAACAAAAUUAUCACCACACCUUCUAAUGACAACUUAUUGAAUUAUUCAAUAGAUUUCAAUCCACUAUCACAGGAUUUCACUGACCAAGAUUUGAACAUGAUUUUAAACUCCUCUGAUAAUGGAAUUGACGCUUUUACAGAAAAUGGUCCUGAGUCUACUACUGCGACAACUUUGGAUACCCUUAUGGAACCUACAGAUCUCUCUUAUAUGGAUUUUGUAACAAAGGAUGAUUUAAAUUUAAAUUUGAAUUAUGGAAUGGAUGUGACUCCCAAGGAUCAUCAAAGUCAAUUAAAGACUCUACCAAAUGACCCAAAUAAUCAAUUUAUGUUUGAUUCUUUGAUGUAA